AAGAUAACCAUUACCAGAUACCUGUUCUACCUGAUCUGAAGGUGACUUCCUCUCCCCUCUGUCAUUUUGACAAGGAUUUAUUUCACCCGUUCAGAUGCAAUAGCAGAGAUUUUGGUUGUCGUCCUCUUUGUCUGCACCAACAGGAAGGCAUUUUCAACACAGUUGCUGCAUGUUGAUUCACCAGUUUCACCAUCCCCACGAACCCGCAGCAGAGGACCACAAACAGUGGAACUGACUCAGUGACCUCGAGACUGCUCCCUUAUUCAAAAACCUCAUUAGUUUUAAGGAGGAGUCGUUUAAGAAGCUCAAUGUCACUCCAGUAUGACGUGAUGAAAUUGUGUUUAUGACAGCUUCAACUUAACCGUUAGUUUUUACUGGAAUAUCUUGCAGGCGUGACCAAUAAAGAUGCCAUUGAGUGAAUUUCCUUCACUGCUCUUCUGACAGCUUCAUGAAUACUAGUAUUAACGGCUACAGUACAGCUUAGAAGCGUUUCUUUGACUCUUUUACAUGUCACUGAGUUGUGGCCUGUCCUGUGAGUGAGAGGUGAGACUACACAAAGCAGCCAUUGAGGGGAGGUUGAAAAAAGCCAACAGAGCUGCUGAGGAAGUUCGUGCGUUAGAGUGAAAGAGAGAGCGAGACACAAACACACACACACACACACAGAGGGGAAGGGAAUCUUUGCAUUUUGAAAUUCAAAACUCACCCAAGGACUGAUAAACCUCCUUAGGUGAAAGACAACAAACUGUUCACUGUGUAAAGAAGAAACAGGAAAAUCUACAGGAAAGCAACCGCUGAUACAGGUGACCGAGAUGGAGGUUUACAGGGUGACAGUAGCCACCGGGACAUCGGAAUAUUCAGGCACCAACAACUACAUCUUUGUGACCCUGGUGGGAGAGGAGGGGGAGAGUGAGCGCACCCUGCUGGACAACCCCGGGCUGGACUUCUGUCGAGGAGCCGUGGACCAGUACAAGGUGACCAGUCCGUCCCCUUUAGGGGCCCUGCUGCUGGUCAGGCUGGAGAAAACGAGAUACUGGGUGGAGGAUAACUGGUUCUGUCGCUACGUCACAGUGGAGCCUCCAGCUGGGGACAGGGUUCUCACCUUCCCUUGCUACCGAUGGUUCACAGGCGACGUCACGAUAGAGAUACGGGAGGGAACAGCCAAGACCCUGAAGAACGACUCUGACCCCCGGCUGAAGGCCCACAGGGAGUCCGAGCUGCAGGAGCGACAGAAGAUCUACAGGUGGGCGACGUGGGCUCCAGGUAUUCCCAGAUGCGUCGACGCUAAGACGGAGGCGGACCUUCCCCAGGACGCCCGCUUUGAGAACGAGAAGAGGAGCGACUUUGAAUACUCCCUACAAUACGCCCUGCUGGAGCUGUCGCUGAAGAAGCUGGCCAUCACAUUUGGGAAGUCCUGGACUGACCUGGACGACUUCAAACGGAUCUUCUGGAAGCUGAGAAGCCCAAUAGCUGAGUAUUGUAUGGAGCACUGGAAGGAGGACUGGCUGUUUGGAUACCAGUGCCUGAACGGCUCCAACCCGAGGAUGAUCCACAGGUGCAGGAAGCUGCCGGAUAACUUCCCUGUCACCGCCGACAUGGUGCAGGGCUGCAUGGGCCCCAAGACCAGCCUCGACAAAGAGCUCAGAGCAGGGAACGUCUACUUGAUAGACUACGCCAUCAUGGACGGGAUUCCCACCAACGUGAUCAAGGGUAAACCUCAGUACGUUGCGGCUCCUCUGUGUCUCCUGUACCAACACCCAGAUGACGGGCUCGUACCUAUUGCUAUUCAGCUGGAUCAGACCCCGGGCCCAGGCGCUCCUGUGUUCCUGCCCAGAGACCCGCCUCUGGCCUGGCUCUUGGCCAAGAUGUGGGUGCGUCACUCCGAGUUCCAGGUGUUUCAGCUGCUGUCGCACCUGCUCAGGACGCACCUCGUGAUAGAGGUGAUCUGUGUGGCUACUCUGAGACAGCUGCCCGCUGUACAUCCCAUAUAUAAGCUCCUGGCUCCUCAUCUGCGUUACACUCUGGAGAUCAACUGCAGGGGGCGAACUCAGCUUAUCUCUUCCUGCGGCAUUUUCAAACGGGUUGUGUCCACGGGCGGCGACGGCCUUUUGAUUCUGGCCCAGAGAGACUACAAGACGCUGACCUACCGCUCGCUCCAGCCCCACAAAGACUUUGCUGACAGAGGGGUGACCCACCUCCGGAACUACUUCUACAGAGAGCACAGCCUGAUGCUGUGGGAGGCUAUUCACAGGUUCGUCUCUGACAUGAUGAGCCUGUACUACCAGGCAGAUCACGAGGUUCAGGAGGACCGGGAGCUUCAGGCCUGGAUCAAAGACAUAUCUCAGGAGGGAUUCGCAGACCUGCCCAGCUUUGGUCUGCCCAGUAAACUGAGUACCAGAGAGGAGCUGUGCACUCUGCUGACAGUGGCCGUCUUCACGAGUACAGCCCAGCACGCUGCCACUAACAACGGACAGUUUGACUGGUGUGCCUGGGUGCCCAACACCCCCUGCACCAUGAGGCAACCUCCACCAACAGACAAGGAUGCCGUUACCAUGGAGAUGAUCAUGGCCACUCUUCCUGAUGUGAGUCAGUCGUGUAUGCAGAUGGCCAUCACAUGGCACCUGGGGAGAAGGCAGCCAGAUGCAAUUCCUUUGGGUCAGUACACAGAGGAGCACUUCAGUGAGGGUCCAGCUGUGGAGCUAAUCGACACGUUCAGGACAGAGUUGAAGAAGAUCGAGGAACACAUCCUCAGUCAGAACCAAGGACUGGAGCUGCAGUACCUGUACCUUCUCCCCAGCCGAAUAGAGAACAGCAUCACUAUAUAGAAAAAAAAGACUUUGACAUAAUACCUGGGACAUGUUUUCCAUAUAAUGUGAAAUCCAGACUUAUUCGAGCAUUGUUCACCUCACAAACACUUUCUGCACAUUUGUGUGACAAGCACAGGACAACCUUAUUGUAAUGUGUGUGACACUGAGACACAGCCCUUCUAGUCAAACAGUGCUUAGUAGCACUAGUAAAGUUGAGUGACCUCUUUUCAUGUAUUCCUUGUUUGUCUUUUAGCAAACUGUGCUGUUGGUUUUUCUUUCUUUCUGGUAUAAUUUGUGUUACUGCUAUAUUUUCUAAAAACCACCAGAUGUCACUUUGCUUCUGUGUGUAUGAAGUUUCUGACAAACUAAAAGGAAGCCCCAGGGCCCCUCAAAAUUCUCUUAAUUAAGAAUAUUAAAAAUAAUUAAAACAUAAUUGUUGUAUAAUUGUUUUAACGUGUAUUUAUUUAUACCAUUAUAACAAUACAAAUAUUUUUUUGAAUUAAAUACAUUAUGAAUGGUAUUGCACUUUUAAUAUUCAUAUUUUAUUUUUUGUUUUGUAUCCGAUUGUUCCCAAGAAAUAUUAAAAAAAAAACAA